AGCUGAGUUGGUGGCUAAAGCAACAGUUGGUGAGAGGUCAUCUUGGGUCUGUGGGCUUGCUCCUGAAGGGCGAAACAAGGGACUACCAUAUAUGGGGGUCCCCCUGGGAGUGAAUUACACCCUAAGUGUGAUGUCAGUCCUGCCCUUUAACACCUAUCCCCCAAAGAGACCAGACGACAUUACCUUUUACCAGAUGUAUGAAGCCCCCAAACUCUGUGAGUCUUAUGCACGUCCUGGUAAUAGUAGUAUCCCUAUUGUGGGUUCUCUGGUGGCCCCCUGGUGUAUUAAAGGUAAAGGUAGUAAUAAUGUGGGAGAGACAACCUGCAACACUGGACCAAGAGGGAGUCAACAAUUGCCGCCUGACUGUCCAUAGUCUGGCCACCGGAGCCCCUUCUAAUGUGUCUGUUGUUGUGAAAGUUAAUGCUGUGUCAAGGAAUCCCCUUAUUUUAAUAGGGGCGCCGAAUGGAACAUACUGGCUGUGUGGUAAGAAUGCCAAUUAUAACCUGCCCCCUGACUGGGGUGGUACAUGUAUGGUCGGUUUUGUGGUUCCAGCAAUGAGGGUGCUAGAGGAAACGGAUGCAAAUGAAUGAGAGAAGCCUGUUUGCUCUUCGUAAAAGGAGAACAAAGCGCUCCCUUGCUGGUAUCACUCACGUUUAGACAUCUGGCUAAUGGUUUCUAGGUGUGCUCGUGCCUCAAUAUGGGGUUACUUGUGCCCUUGAUCAAAUUAGUGAUUUGGCAAUGAACAUUUUGAAAUUGGAAAUGCCACAAGAGAUCAUCUCUUGUACAUCUAGCAUUCCAGUGUUAAUACUAAUUGUAAUUAUAUUUUGCACUAUAGCCUAUUUAUUGCCUUACCUCCAUAACUUGCUACAUUUGCACACACUGUAUAUAUAUUUUCUGUUGUAUUUUUUGACUUUAUGUUAUUUUACCCCAUAUGUAACUCUGUUGUUGUUUUUAUCGCACUGCUUUGCUUUAUCUUGGCCAGGUCGCAGUUGUAAAUGAGAACUUGUUCUCAACUGGCUUACCUGGUUAAAUAAAGGUGAAAUAAAUAAAAAUAAAUGCUCUGGUGGCUCUAAAUGGGGAGGUUAAGCAAUUGAGAAUACUUGCCCUGCAAAACAGGGAAGUGCUUGACUACCUUUUGGCAGGCCAGGGUGGCACGUGUGCAAUAAUUGGAGAUGAGUGUUGCACUUCUGUCCCAGAUGUAGUCUUUAAUGUGACUCAUCUGGCCAAUUUUAUUGCAGACAAACGUCAUCAGGGACCAGAGGGGUGGCAGCUUACCACAUGGUCAAAGGGUUUGUUCGGGGCCUGGGGACCACAGAUAGGUUUAGAUUUC